UCCACCGCGGACGUCCGCUGCCAUGGCGACCCUGCUGCUUCGCUCCCGGCGCCUCCACCGCAGUCUCCGGCACCGUGCGCGGCCAACUGUAGAUGUGCUCCUCAGGGCCGGGAGCCAUGGCGCCCGCCUGCUGUACCCAGACCACAUCCCUACCACGCCGCUGCAGAAGAUGCUGCUGGCCGCCGGCGCGGCGGGAAUGGCGCUCUACAACCCCUAUCGCCACGACAUGGUUGCAGUUCUAGGGGAGACCACAGGAUGCUACACCCUGAAAUUCCUUAGGGACCAGAUGAAGAAGGAUCCAGAGGGUGCCCAGAUUCUGCAAGAGCGUCCCCGAAUCUCACUGUCUACCCUCGAUCUAAGUAAGCUCCAGAGCCUGCCUGAAGGCUCUCUGGGCCGUGAGUAUCUGCGCUUCCUGAAUUCGAAUAAAGUCUCUCCAGAUACACGAGCACCUACACGCUUCGUGGACGAUGAAGAACUAGCCUAUGUGAUCCAGAGAUACCGUGAGGUGCAUGAUAUGCUCCACACCCUGCUGGGGAUGCCCACCAACAUGCUCGGAGAAGUUGUGGUAAAGUGGUUUGAGGCUGUGCAGACUGGCCUUCCCAUGUGCAUCCUGGGAGCACUCUUCGGACCCAUCCGUCUCCGUGCUCAGAGCCUCCAAGUGCUGUUCUCAGAGCUGAUCCCUUGGGCGAUUCAGAACGGGCGCAGGGCCCCAUGUGUCCUCAACAUCUACUAUGAGCAGCGUUGGGAGCAGCCCCUGACAGCCCUACGGGAGGAGCUGGGCAUCAGUCCUCCCCCAAAACACAUCCAGGGCCUGGCCUAGCCUUAGCUGCCUCCCAGGGAGGAUGGAGCCUUCCUUUCCACACACUGCCUUCCUGGAGACAAAAGAGCCCUCGGCUGCUUGUGUUUCUUCUCGUUGAACCUUGAACUCAGAGUGUCACUUAUCAUAAUUUUUAUAGUGCCAUGUGCCUGCCAGGAAAGAGAGGUAGGGCAGUGAGGCCCCAGGGUGCUGUAAGCUAUCUGGAGAGAGCAGUACGUGUGCCUGGAGCAGCCAUCUUGGAUCAGUCGGGAUUGCUCAGGUCUGAGGCCCCUCUUCUGGACGGUGAUUCUGACGGGGCUGUCAGGCUCUGUCUUUGAAAGCUUGACUACUUACUACAUCAUGUUGCAAAGCACUGAACCAAUUGGUGGGAAAAAGAAGGCAUCUCUGGUGUCUGAAUAAAGCUUCCAUCAGGCCUAGA